CGCUCUGUGCUUUCGGGCGCUUAGAAAUGCGCUGGCAGGUUGUGAGAUCGGCUCCACCAAACUCGGUUCGUUACCAUCGAAACUCACCUUUUGGACUACGUUUGACACCCCCCGUUGGCAAGGAGCCGCUUCGUGACCCGUUAUCGCUUGGAGUCAUCAUCAAACGAGUGCCGCCGCGGAUGUAGUCGCGUCGUGACGCCGGUCCCGCUACCUCCAGCCUCCCGAGUGCCUCUUCACUGCCGUUUCACCUCUAACCUCCAGCCUCUGCGCAUCAUCAAGGCAGAGGAUUCCUUUGUCCGGCGCCAACGAGCAUCUCCGCUUGCCUUUCGCCUCCUCACCAAGGAGCGGCUGAGCGACUCCGCUCAGAGCGGAGAAGCUUUUGGAUCCCCCUCCCUUCCUCGUCCCCAAAUCUCCCCCUGGGAUCAGUGUUUUUUUUUUUUUUUUAUCUGGUGGACCGGAGCCCGGCUCGGCCGGCCGCACACACUCUUCAAAACUGGGGCGCGAUUCGUGUGAUGCGACCAUGUCGGGUCUGGGCGAGCGCCGGCCGGUCAAUGCGGACUACGCCGUCUCCCUGCUGGAGCAGCUCAAGUUCUUCUACGAGCAGAAACUGCUGACGGACGUGGUGCUGCUUGUGGAUGACACUGAGUUCCCGUGCCACAAGAUGGUGCUGGCCGCGUGCAGCUCCUACUUCAGGGCGAUGUUCAUGGGCAGUCUGAGCGAGAGCAAGCAGACGCACGUGCACCUGAGGAACGUGGACGCCACCACGCUGCAGAUCAUCAUCACGUACGCGUACACGGGCCACCUGGCCAUCAGCGACAGCACCGUGGAGCCGCUCUACGAGACCGCCUGCUUCCUACAGGUGGAGGACGCCCUGCUGCAGUGUCGCGACUACCUGGUGAAGAAGAUCAACCCCGAGAACUGCGUGCGUAUGCUGAGCAUCGGCGACUUGUUCAGCUGCACCGAGUUGAAGCAGUGCGCCAAGCGCAUGGUGGAGCACAAGUUCCCCACCGUGUACCGGCAGGACGCCUUCCUGCAGCUGUCGCAUGAGCUGCUGCUGGACGUGCUGAGCAGCGACAACCUCAACGUGGAGAAGGAGGAGACGGUACGCGAGGCGGCCAUGCUGUGGCUGGAGUACAACAUGGAGGCGCGCUCGCAGCACCUGUCGUCGGUGCUUAGCCAAAUCCGCAUCGACGCGCUCUCGGAGGUGACCCAGCGGGCCUGGUUCCAGGGCCUGCCGCCCAAUGACAAGUCUGUGGUGGUGCAGGGUCUCUACAAGUCCAUGCCCAAGUUCUUCAAGCCACGCCUGGGCAUGACCAAGGAGGAGAUGCUCAUCUUCAUGGAGGCGCUAUCAGAGACGCCGGGCGUGAGCGUGAUGAUGUCGUCGGUGCCCGCCGCCAUGGUGUGCUACAGCCCGCAGGCCGAGAAGGUCUACAAGCUGCGCAACCCGCCGCGCAACCUGCAGAAGGUGGGCACGCUAGUCACGCCUGACAACGACGUCUUCAUCGCCGGCGGCGAGGUGGUGCUGGAGAACGCCUUCAACCGCGGCGGUGGCCUGCAGGUGGACAGCUUCUUCUGGCUGGACGCCCAGCAGAACGCCUGGGUGCCCAAGACGCCUAUGCUGUGCGCCCGCCUCAAGCCCUCGCUGGUCUACUGCGACGGCUACAUCUACGCCGUGGGCGGCGACAACGUGAGCGGCGAGCUCAACCGGCGCACAGUGGAGCGCUACGACCGCGAGAAGGACGAGUGGAGCAUGGUGAGCCCGCUGCCGCUGGCCUGGAGCUGGAGCACCUGCGUGGCAGCGCACGACUGCAUCUACGUGCUCACCCUCGACCUCAUGUACUGCUACCUGCCGCGCGCCGACGCCUGGGUGGAGAUGGCCGUGCGUAAGACCAGCCGCUGCUACGCCUCGGCCGCCGCCUUCGGGGACCUCAUCUUCUACCUGGGUGGCCUGCACGUGGUGGGCGGCUCGGGCAGUGGCGCCCGCCUACCGCGGGGCGCCCACGACGGCUCCUCGCUGGCCGUGGAGAUCUACGACGUCAAUAAGAACGAGUGGCGCCAGGCUGCCAACAUCCCGGCCAAGCGCUACUCGGACCCGUGCGUGCGCGCCGUGGUGCUGCUGGGCGGCCUUUGUGUCUUCAUGCGCGAGACCCACAUGCACGAGCGGCCCAGGUACGCCAUUUACCAGUACGACGUAGAGCUAGACCGCUGGUACCUGCGGCAGCCCGUGUCAGAGCGCGUCCUCUGGGAGCUGGGUGACAACUUCUAUUGCGCCGUAGGCAAGCUUUACCCGUCCUGCCUGGAGGAGUCCCCAUGGAAGCCGCCCACCUACCUCUUCUCCUCCGACGGCAGCGAGGAUUUCGACGUAGACGGUGAGCUGGUAUCGCUCCCCCUCGUAUAGCUGCGGUGGGUGAUGGGGGAACGCGCACAGAACCCUCAAAAGGACGCGGGGACGGCAACUCGGGAACGUCUGCUACAAAUGUAAAGGACGUCGUGCUCUGGCAAACUGUUCCUUCUUGAUCUCAUAACGCAGCACGCCAGGGGGCAUGGUUUGCGCGUGUGCCUCACCGUCCCGAGGUUAGGGGGUUGGAAUGUUUUGCUUUGCUGCAUGGACUUUGCAUGUUCUCCUGUUCGCGUGAGUUUUUUUUCCCCACAGGUACUCCGGCUUCCUCGCACAUUCCGAAAACAUGCAUCUCAGCUUCAAAUUGCCCAAAGUCUGAAUGGGAGUCCCGUCGCUUUGGUGUUUGCCCUCGCCCCUUUCUACCCCCCCCCCCCCUCCCUCUCUCUCUUUCUUCUCUCCUCUCUCUCUCUCCCCCCUCUCUCUCUCUCCCCUCUCUCCACCCGUGAUUGGACACCGCACAUCACAAUCUCUUUAAAGAUAACUCUGGAUCAAUCGCUCAAGUGACCAGCUGGCAUCUGUCUGGGUUCCUGCCUGGAACGACAGCGUGGGGUGGCAGGGAGGCUGUGGAGGUGUUUUUUUUUGUUUUUGUUUUUUUUCCCCAGGUUGAGGGCAGCAAGGGUGACUGCAGGUCCAGUUGCUCGCCUGCCGUGCCCUCGGCUCGCCUUCCUUCCACACAACCAUCGCCUCACGCAAUGCUGAGCGUCAUUAAUGGUACCACACACAUCCACCUCCACUAUCAGCAUUUCUCAUUUCCAAGCUGCUGAAGUAUAUAUUAUAUAUAAUAUGGUAAAAUAUCUAUUUUUCAUAUGUUUAAAGCAUGUGUUAUAGUGUGUGGGGGGGAAUAACCAGUUCUAUUUUGUAUUAGAUGUUUUUUUAAUUUAAUAUCAGACAUUACUGUAGUGCGACUGUGGCUAGAAAUCGGUCCUCUCGUCGUUCCCGGAGGAGACACCGUGAAGCCGUCUUGCGGGCCUGGGCGCUUGUUGCUAUGGGAACCGGCCCUGGCAACCACUAGCGGUAGUCUGGCGGGGUGGGACCUUCAACUCAUGAGCACAGGUGCUUCAUGGCAGACGUUUUGAGCAUGUUUGGCUGCAUCAUACUCCGUUGGCACUGUUUUUUCAAUGAACGUUAAUUUAUUAAAAAAAAGCAUACCAAAAAAAAAG